AUGGCGAAUGGUCUCACACCACCUCAAACCCCGGAGCAACACCCGGCGGCUCUGAAAGAUAUCGAGAUACCCAAUAUGUCCAACACCCUCUCGAAGGAUACGGCGACCCAACCACCGGUAGGGACAUUUUUGACCAAGCAAGAGAACCCACAACAGCAAUCGUCCACAGUUUCACCUGUAGCUUCGGCUUCGACAGCUUCCACAUUCUCUCACGCGUCCAGCGAAGCAGGAUAUAGUUUUGGGCUCGGCCAAGUGACGGAUGCAGCGCGCGCAUUGCAGGUAGUACCGGAGGGAGCAGCAUUUGCCCGGGCACCUGAAGGACAGAAGAUCUCCUUCAAUACAAAUAUGGCUGCUGGCAAUUCUAGGUUGAUUCAGGGAACCGUGACCCACGAGCAAUACCUGGCUUGGCUGCAAAAUUGA